AUGAGCGAGCAGCUGGGUCUCACAGCAACUUCUGCAGCAGAUGGAAUUCAGCCACCAAAGACAUCCUUACAACCCGACGAGCAUUUUGCCAUCAAUUCAGAAGUGGAGCGCGAAGAAGCCAUGCGCGCCUUUUGGAUGAUCGAAAUGCUAGAUAGCAUCUUUGCUUUAGGUGUUUCCUCGCAGGUGUCUGUCCCGGCUGUUCCACGCACUACCAGGCUUCCCUGCGGCGAUAAACUCUGGGAAUCAGAAGACUUGUUUCAACAGGAGCCCUCGCAUCAAAACCUUCAGUACUCUUCAGGAUUUUCCAUGUGCAUCAGCUUAUGUACCACCGAGCUUGCUACCGUCAAUCGCUUUCAACAGACAGUCCGAGAUUCAAACGAAAUAGCUGGUGGUUUAGAAUGGCAAAGUGGCGCCCAAAGACUGGAUGAACGUUUGACAAUAUGGCGAGAAGAAUUCGUCGCUGCUGUCUUCCGGUUGAUCAACACAGCAUUCCCCGGGAAUUCCCAUGCUGAAAUGGAGCCAUUUAUUGUCUUGACAAAUUGCUUGCUCAACAUGUGGGUUCAGAAACCUCCGAUUAUUUAG